CUUGUACCUGGGAAAUCCCAUGGACCCCCCGGAUGUCCUAGGAUUGGAUUUGAACCCUGCCAGGCCUACUCAGCUCCCAGGAAGGAUAAAAAGUAAGAAAUUUCAUCUAACGUGUUCACUGUGUGUGUUGCAGAACUGCGAGACCCAGAAUGCCUUUCGUCUGGUGUUCCCACACCGGUGCAUGCUGGGAACGGACAACCUCUUCUUGCCCGCCAAGGAGAGCAAGCAGCCCAGCCCGGCCCAGACCACGGAGAUCUUCCAGGAACUGCAGCAGGAGUGCAUGAAGCACCUCAAGGUGCCCCGGGGUGGACCUUCCGGGGCCGCCGUCCCGAGUCCGGGAGAGGACAAGCCACGGGUCCCUCCUCGGGUGCCCAUCCUGCCCCUCCCGUUCCGGCGGAACGAGCCCGGCCGUUGGUCCGGAGACCUGUCGCCGGCCUCCGGAGGGGAGGAAGACCGUCCUCCCCAGAUCCCACCCCGGGAUCGCUUGUCCCAACCGGGAUCCAGAACUCCCAGCCCCAGGUCCCUGCAGGGCGGGUCUCCCCAGCCGCGAGCCAACCUCUGCUCCCCGCUUUCUCUGGGGGGCUUCCUGUCCACCUCGCCCGGGAAGCCGCCCAUGCCCACCACCCAGAGCUUCGCCUUGGACCCCAAGUACGCCACCCCCAAAGUCAUCCAGGCCCAGGGGAAGGAGUGCGCCAAGGGCCCCUGCAUCUUGCCCAUCGUCAAGGACGGGCGGAAAGUCAGCAACACCCACUACUAUCUCCUCCCGGAGCGCCCGCCUUACCUGGACAAAUACGAGAAGUUCUUCAAGGAGGCCAAGAGCCCGGAGGGAGGAGGCGGCGGCGGGCCGAGCCGAGUGGUCAGCACGGCCACGGUGCGGCCCAUGAUCCAGCAGCAGCAGCAGUCGCCGGCCCCGGCGGACUACAAAGCCAACUUCUCGGCCAACAAUAGCAACAGCAGCGUCAAGGCCACCUGUGGCCUCCAGAAGAUCGUCUACGAGGGUUCGGAAGGCCCUCGGGGUUCGGAGAAGAUACGGCAGGUCCAGGAGACGGUGCACGGGGUCACCACCGAGGAGUGUCAAGCCGCCCUGCAGAAUCACAGCUGGAACGUGCAGAAGGCUGUCCAGUACCUGAAGGUUGAGCAGCUCUUCUGCCUGGGACUGAAGACGCGGCUGGAUUGUCACAAAGUUCUGGAGAUGUUCAACUGGAACUUGGAGCAGGCCAGUUCUCACCUGCUGGACCCCUACACCGCCGGGCAACUCAAACGGUGAAUCGUAU